UGUCAAAUAUCCCUGCUAAAACCCUAAUUACAAUUUCAUGCUUCCUUUGUAUGUAUAUUUCCCAGGCAACUUAAUUUUAUCAGAUUCAAAUCCAAAACCCUGAAACCCAAUUAUCAGAAAUGAGACAUUCAUGGCGAUUACUGCUCUUCCGAAGCUACCCUCGCAGCCUCUCAUCUCUCAAUACCCAGGUAAAUUCUCCUUCUCUAUCUCAUAUUCGAUCUCUCCAUUCACUUCAAUCUCAGUUAUUACACGUGAAAAUCAACAACACCGCCAACCCAAUUUUCUUCGGCAAAAACCCAAUAGCUCACAGUUUCUCAUCAGACCCGUUAGUUGAAACUGAAAACAAAAAUGACCCAGAUCCUCAGUGUCUACUCAUUUCUGACUUUUUCACUAAAUUUAGUGACCUUGAUGAAAUUUCUAAAGAAUUGGAGUCCAAUAACGUUGUUGUUAGUCAUGAAUUAGUUUUGAAUGUUUUGUGUUUUCUGGAGUCUAAUCCUGAUGUAGCUAGAAAGUUUUUUAAUUGGGUUUUGGAGAAGGAUAGUCAGAGAUUGAGCUCUAAAAGUUAUAACUUGAUGCUAAGAGCUUUGGGUGUUAAUGGGUUGGUUGAGGAGUUUUGGGGUUUAGUUGAAAUUAUGAAGAAGAAAGGGUAUGGUGUAUCUGGGGUAACUAGGGAUAAAGUAGCUGAGAAAUUUGAGAAAGAUGGUCUUAAAAGUGAUUUGGAGAAGCUUAAAGAAGUUUUUGCUUCGGGAUCCGUGGAUCAGUCUGUGGAAAAGAUUGCUCAGAGUGUGAGUAGGAUUGUUAGGAAUCAAGUUUGGGGAGACCAUGUUAAGAAACAGAUUAGUGAUUUAAAUGUAGAGUUUUCCGGUGAUUUGGUGAAGAUUGUUCUGGAGAAUUUAGCUAUGGAACCGAUGAAAGGCUCGAUUUUUUUCAGGUGGGUUGAGGAGAAUGGGCUCUUUAAGCAUGAUGAAAAGAGUUAUAAUGCGAUGGCUAGGGUCUUGGGAAGAGAAGAUUGUAUUGACAAGUUCUGGGAGGUUGUUGAUGAAAUGAGGGAGAAUGGGGUUGAAAUGGAGGUGGAGACAUAUGCUAAGGUUUUAGGACGAUUUGUGAAGAGGAAAAUGAUUAAGGAUGCUGUGGACUUAUAUGAGUUCGCUAUGACGGGUGCUAAUAAACCGUCAGUGCAAUGCUGUACCUUUUUGUUAAAGAAGAUAGCUGUUGCUAAAGAAUUGGAUAUGAAUUUGUUUUCAAGGGUUGUGAAGAUCUUUAUUGGGAACAAUAAUGUAUUGACAGAUAGUAUUCUUGAUGCAGUUCUUAAAUCUUUGACCAGUGUUGGUAGAUUGGGAGAGUGCAAUAAGGUUUUGAAAGAAUUGAAGGAGAAUGGAUUUGUAGCUAACAGUAAUAUGCAUAGUAAGAUUGCUUUCAGCCUUGCCAGUACUGGCAAGAAGGACGAAGCUGAUGAAUUUGUGGAUAAUAUUGAAGCAUCUGAAAGUAAUUUGGAUUAUAAGGCAUGGGUAUCGUUGAUUCAAGGGCAUUGUGUAUCAGGGGAUCUUGAAAAAGCAUCUGAUUGUUUCCAAAAGAAGGUUGAGAAAGAUGGAGCUUCUAAUACUGGUUAUGCGUUUGAAUCUUUGGUAAAUGCAUAUUGUCGCAGGGACAGAGCGCUAGAUGCAAGCAAGCUUCUGCAUGAGUAUGUCGGUCAUAAUGAGUUAAAGCCCUGGCAUACGACUUAUAAAACACUGAUAAGUAAAUUACUGAUUCAGGAUGGAUUUACAGACGCCCUGAAGUUAUUGGAUUUGAUGAAAAGUCACGGUUUUCCGCCCUUCUUGGAUCCAUUUAUUAAGCAUCUAUCUAAGCAUGGAACCAGUGAUGAUGCCAUUGCUUUUAUGAGGGCAAUGACUUCCAAGAAGUUUCCAUCUACGUCUGUGGUUCUCCGUCUAUUUAAAGAAUAUUUCAAAGCUGGGAGGUACUCUGAAGCACAAAAUGUCCUGUCCAAAUGCCCGCACUAUAUCCGCAACCAUGCUGAUGUUUUGAAUCUCUUCUAUUCAACAAAAGCUGCUAUAGAUACCACUCCUGAUGUUACAGAUACUGCAGCUGUGGCUGUGGCUGUGGCUGUCUAGUGUUUGUUAAAUGUAUGGCAUAUGUAUUCUGGGGUUGAUUAAGUGUGGCAUUUGUUCAGAAAUUUUGACAUGAAAAGUUCGACACCUGCUUGGAACUUUUGCCUUUUGAAGUUUAAACAACUUCUUUUACUGGAAAUAAAUUUAGUCUCAAAUGAAAGAUUUAGUAUAAACUAAGGGAACUGUUAGUUUUAAUCUUGUUCAUGGCUAGUGGGCGUAGACAGUGUCUUACCGUAGUAACAUUGUUAUUUAUGUGGGAUAAUCUCUUCGAAUAACCUUAUACCGAGUGUUAUUUUUCUCUCCUUGCA